ACAGUUUAACUUGUUAACUUGGUGUCUUAUGGUAUUCAUCAUUUAUAAUGCCGCUUAAGGGGGGUUGGAGAUGAUUGCAUUCCAUGUAACAGACCCACCCACUGCCAAGUGUUCGAUGCCCAUGAGUGGCUGCUUAAGAGAUAAUUCUUGUUAUAUGCAUAGGAAACAUUACUAUGAGACCCUCUCUGUCCUGCAAAACCUCCCUGCAGCUAAGCUCAUAAUGUCUAUUGUAACUGUUAGUACAUUAUUAGAACCUUGUGUCAAUUGAUGCAUGUGCUUUGUUAGGGGUCAUUGCUGCAUGUUAUUUUCUAAGAUCUAUAUUCUCAUGUAGUCUUCCUGCCAAAAUCUGUGUGGUGUUGUGUUUUUUCCUGUAGUGAUAUUUUUAUGUUGCACUUUGUUUGGGAAAAGGACCGUUUCUCUCUCAAAAUUUGCACUAGAUUUUAUGUUGACCUUUUCUUAUUUAUUUAGAAGAAAAAAAAAAUCUUUGGACAACUCCCACCCAUGUUUACAUGGCAAUACCCGCAUAAAUAAAGUUAAAUCCCACCAUGUUAACAGCCUAUGUUAAAAAUCUGCAUUUUGAAUAUAUACAUAGAAAGUACAUCAAUACAAAUACAGCCAUGCAAACGGGAGUUGUCAGCCGAUCCCAGUUUGAAACCGUGUGGGUCUGGGUAGUUGGACAGGCUGGGUUGAAAAUUGCCAUAUCUGCUUGGCUGUUCUAGUCUGCAUUUUUAAAAUCACUUCAGUGACAACGCUACUCCUCUUGCUCCUUCUGUUUAUCUUGAAAUUAAAUUGAUGAGAGAGCCCAUUAGAUAAGGCAUCCAUCUUCUUUUCUACUUUAUCUAUUGUCUAUGUCGGUUCUGCUCCGUGAACUGGCUUCAUAGGUUUUAAGAACAGAUCGAUUAGGACCUCUUAAAGAAGACUAUCAGAGAUAUCUCAUUCCAAUAUAAUACCUUUUGUCUAUUCACACUCUAAAUAUCAUAAAUCUCUUGUUUUCAGCUGCAAGUAGCUGCACAAAAAAUUAUGUUUAGAAAUCUUAAUGAAUACAUCCUUUGCUUCUGCAAUUCUAGUAACUGCAGAGUGGCUUCUGUACUGUGUUUGAUUGGUCACCCCACCUAACUUCUUUAGAAUAUUUCGAGGUUAAUCAUCUUGUUGUUACCUAUGAAUCACACAUAUGGUAUUGAUCUUACUUCCACCCCAAGGUCCUGGCACUUCAGUAGACAUAGCUGAACACAUGCUGUCUGACAAUGGCAUUUGUAAGACACACAUGUACCCUGGUGGAUUUCUACUUGGGUUCCACAUGAAAACUUGCUCACCUGUAUCAGGUCCUGAGGCAAUCUUGCUUCUUGGAUCAUUGGAAGAGAGUCCUGUUUUGUAGCAUUGUUUCUUGCCAAAUAGAGGCUAUUUGAAGUUGAGAGAUUUUAGAUGCCUUAACGGAUGGCAUGAUAUUUUGAUUAUUAAAUAUAUGGUGGUUAGAUGAUAAGUGUCAAUAAAUUCAUGGACCCUCCAAAUAACUAAUAUUUGAAGCCCUCAUGAAGAGGGGAUGGUGCAAUGAUGAUGCUUUAAAAGAAAAUUGAAAACUCGUAUGCUUUACAAUCUUUGCAGCUUCAUUCAGAAUAUGUAUGUAGUCAUUGGGAUGAGUUUACUUGUUAAUGAGUGCUGAUGCAGGGAUAAGAUUCAUCUUUGUGUAUAACUGAGUGUAAGCUCAAUGAUGUAAGAAUAUAAGCUUUUGUUUAGUGCAGAUAAUCGUCAUUUGAAACCCCCUCAUUUGCUCAAGCCCAAAGAUUGUUAGCAUGUCUCUUUGAACCUUAUGGCAACUCCAACUGGUACAUUAUGAUGUAUUGUAUAUUUCAUUUGAAUCUCUUUUGCUGGGUGCUGACCCUAGAUGUGCAUUUUGUUAAUUUCAUGUUUUUCAGUAAAUUCUUUCUUCACUUGGGGUAUUAGUCAGUUUAAUGCCCUAUCUUUCGGUUCCUGCUUUGUAGUGUCCUCAUACCCAUCUAGAUAUCUUACUAUUAGAAGAUGAUUCAACUUCAUUUGUAUUUUCUAGACUUGGUAUGUGCAUUGCCUCAUAGUUACUUAUGGGUGGUAUCCCAGGCUUAUGUUUCCUGAAGAUGAGUCAAUAACCGAUGCAGAGAAUGACAAAAUACCAAUUGAAGCACAGUAGCCCUUUGCCAUGGAAGUGACUAAUGUCUUCUCUUUUUCAGGGAGAUCCACUGUGAAUGGUCAUGAACAGUGGUUGGAGAUGUAAUUUGCAGGCUGCUUUAAUGUUACAGUUUCCUGGGUGUAACUUAUAUUUCUGAAUAUGCAACAAUCACAUGGUAUUAGCCACUAACUUCUGCGGGGGUUGAAGUCACUAAUAGUAAGAGUUUAAAGUCACGAAUCUCUUACUCUACUUUCACAAAGUGAGAGAUUAUUGACUUUAAGCUGUGAAGAAUGGUUUAGUGGAGGUUGUAUAUGAUGUAUAACAGUCCUUUGCUCUCCCUUUGUCAAAUGGAGAAUGGCAUAAUCAACCCGUCGCCAGAAAUUGCUGAUCGAAAUCCUAUGGUUUUAGAUGGGAUCCCCUCACAUUUGUUAUCAGAUGCACUUGUCCAGUCUCUAAUUCUUAAUAGCCGAAGCCAGAUCAUAGCUGGAUAUCCUUUGCUCCCAACUUUGCAAGGAGAAGAAAUGCAUGAUCUCCAAGAUGAUUUCCCAAUAACAAAUCUUGGUGGGAUUAACGAUUCCAAUGCUAUAUCUAGAAAUUUGCUGCUCAAUAGACAAGCCAUUAGAAAUGCCUCAGUCAGAAGCUUGCAUCAUGUCAACAACAGUGAGCUUCAGGAGCAGUUCAGCGGAGAAACAUCUCUUUCUGCUACAUCACUUCCUAACAUUUUGGAAACAUCCAGUACUCUGCAUGAAAAUCUUGAUAGGGUCACAAUUUAUACCCCAACAACAGUCCCAUUGGAGGAUUUGAGGAUUUUUGCUUCAAAUGGCUACAACACUUCAGAUUCAUCAUUUGCAGCCUCUAUGAACGAUAAAUACAAUAGAGGACAGGGUGAUGCAGAGCUUAUGGCGCCGAAGGACUGCAGUUUUCCUGGGCAAUUGGAUGGUAAAUGGGAUAUCGAGAAGCCUCAAGAUGGUGAGGAGCUUACUGGGAAAACUCUGAUGAAUGCUUUUAGUGAGCCAUACCGUUUUGUUGGUUGCUUAGGCCCCAGUGCUUGGAUUACAUCUAAAAAGUCUAACUACAGUGCGGAUGAUUCGUACACCUACCGUAUGCCUAAUAAUGAGCUGUCUCUAAGUCUUGCCACAUGCCAACCAUCUAUUACCACUGUACCCACCAUUCCACAUCAGUGCUCAGAAAUAAGCUGCUCUGGUUUUACUCGGCAUUCUUUGCACGAAGUAGGGCUGGGAACGGGAUUGGAUUCAGAGCAAACCUGUAGCAAGAGUAAGGAGCUUUCCCUGAGUUAUGGUUCAUAUAAAUUUUUCAACAUCUCACAUAUUUUGUCGGGAUCAAAAUAUCUUCAUGUGGCUCAGCAAAUACUCACUGAAAUUGCAAGCCAUUCGAUUGGAAAUCUAGACAACAUUAGCUAUUCACCAGGACAGAUUGGGAAUGGGGCGAAGAUUUCAUUUUCUUCAAAUUGCUCUGAUAUGAGAGAGAUUUCAGUGGACUCUGACGAAUCUCAGUACUCUGCUGGAGCAGUCAGAUCCAAGGAUCAAAUUAAGUUCACAUUGCAAAGACAGGAAAUUGAAGCAAAGAAAACUCAACUGCAGGCACUACUAGAACUGGUUGAUAACAGAUACAACCACUGUUUGGAUGAGAUCCAUACAGUAAUUUCUGCAUUUCAUGCUGCAACUGAGCUGGAUCCUCAGAUACAUGCCCGUUUUGUUCUUCAAAAAGUCUCCCUCCUAUAUAAAAGCUUAAGGGAGAGAAUCACCAAUCAAAUCCUUGCUAUUGGGGAAGACCUCAGCAGUGGACGUAAUAGAGAGGGCACAUCUUUCAAGUCAUCUUUCAUCCAAAAGCAAUGGGCUCUCCAGCAGCUGAGGAGAAGAGAUCAUCAAACGUGGAGACCACAAAGAGGGCUGCCUGAAAAAUCUGUCUCCGUUUUACGGGCAUGGAUGUUUGAAAACUUUCUCCAUCCGUAUCCGAAAGAUGCGGAGAAGCAUUUACUUGCAAUAAGAAGUGGAUUGACAAGAAACCAGGUCUCCAACUGGUUUAUAAAUGCACGGGUUCGCCUCUGGAAACCAAUGAUUGAAGAAAUGUACUCAGAAAUGAACAUAAGAAAGGGUCGUCGGACUGGAGAAGUAACUACUGGAGUCCAUAGGAAUCAAUUUAGGAUUGAUUGUCAUGAAUGAACUGAUGCCAAUGUAUUUAGAAUUAGCUUCAUGAUUCAUUCUUUUCUUUUGCUGUGCUUUGGUCUUUAUGACUGAAAAAUCACAAAUCUGAGCAAGGAUAUACAAGGGAAAUGGAAGGAGGAUGGGGCUUUGCAAUCUUUUAUCAUUCAGUGUGAAAGGGAAGGCCUUCCACACUGCUGCAUCACCUUCAGAUGAUUAUUAAUUUUUGUACAUAAUGUGUUUUGUUUUGUUGGCUAAUUUGGACUAAAUCUGUAAUGCCAACUUAAAUAUUUCAGUAAAUGCAGCUUUGCUA